AUGAGGCAAAUGCAUGAUUAUACACUUGGGGACGAAGUACUUUUCAAUACUGAUACAAUCACGGAAUGUACACCGCCCACUAUAAGUGAGGAUAAUCCACAACCAUCGACUAGUGGUUUAAAUCGACCGAUAUAUGAAGAUAUUAGUGGUGAUGAUGAGAAACUUUCAGACACGGAAGAAGCAAGCGAAAAAGAAGAUUGUAGUAGUAGCAGUAGUAGUAGUAGUAGUGGUAGUAGUAGCAGCGACAGUAGCGAGGAUGAUGAAAGCGUGGAUCGAUUGCGAAGCGCGUUCCUCAACGAUGGUCUGAAGUCUUUGCAAACGCCGGGCCCAACAAUUAGUCGGCUCGACGCAGAAAUAAGCGACAUCUUGAAUUUACGGAAAUUGGACAGUGAAAGAAAACGACAUGCUGACACGAUCACGGAGAACACCAAGGUAUCGCAAGAUAACGAUCCCUCUGACGACGACGUCGACGAGGAUGAAGAGAAACGUAAAAAGGUAAAAAAGCAGGAUACCGAGGUUAUCGAAAGCAUACCGAAAAAGUUUCGUCAAAAAGCUGCACUUAUCAUACGACGAUUGCGCGCUACUGGUAACUUUGAGUGGACCAAUGAACAUACCGUCAUCAUAGGUGGCGUUCGCAUACCACAGUCGAACAUUAUCGAUCUGUGUGUCGGAAACGCUCAAGCAUUAAAAUUACUGAUCAACGACGAUGACGAUGACGACGACGACGACGAUGAAUCAAAAUCACUUAAUAAGAGUCCGAGAUCUACGUCGAAUAGUGGAAGUUUUCUGGAUGAAAGUGGUGCUAAAUCAACAACGUCACCGAAUUAUAGAAAAAAAUUUCAAAAAGUUGUGCCUUCGUCGAUUUAA